AUGCUAAGCCUACUGGGGGGCCUCUUGAGAGGCCGGUCGCAGCAGCAGAGGAAAGACAAAAGCGCUAAUAGCUCAGACCCCUUCGCAGACUCCAAAGUUGACGUGUAUCUGGUGCGGGGGGAAAAGAGCAGCGAGCUGCUGCUGGAUUGUUCUUUAAUGAUUUCUUCGGAGACUUGUGUUUUUAUUGGAGACCCUCCGGACGAUGGUUUGGGAGCAGCAGCAGAACUCAGCUUCUUGAAGAAGUGCAGCAGCAGCAGCAGCAGCAGCAGCAGCAAAGUCAGCAGCAGCAGCAGCAGCAAAUUCGCCAUCGAGUUGCCUCACUCCGCCGUCUCCAGCUUCAGGCAGCAUAAGCCCGACAUGGUACAGUUUGCGGUUAAGACAGAAUCAGAUGCAACAGUAGAACUGGGCCUGGUGUUUGCGACGGAAGCUGCUGCUGCGCUCUUCAGCCAGCUAAUGGUGUCUUCCAUUUGCUGCUGCUUUGCUGCAGCAGCAGCAAGCCGCUGCUGCCUGCAGCAGUUCGACCGCCUCGCAAAUGAGUGGCUUUUGGUGGAGUCCGAGGCGGAGGCCUUCAUUAAGGAAAAGGGGGACUGUUCAGAGGCCUACCUGCUGGUUUACAAGGCCAGCAGCAGUAGCAGCAGCAGCAGCAGCAGCAGCAGCAGCGGCAGCAGCAAGGGGGGAGCUGCGGGGAAAGAAGGCAGCAGCAGCGGCAAGGGGAAGGCAGCAGCAGCAGCGGCGAGCAGCAGCAGCACUUUGCCUGCUGCUGCAGCUGACCCGGUCGCCACAGCAGUUGCUGCUGCAGUUGACGCUGCAGAGAACGAAGACGCCGCUGCUGCCUCUGGCGAAGCAGCAGCAGCAGCAGCAGCAGCAGACAACAUUCCUGUCCCCCUUUGCUAUGUUGCCAUUUCCUACGACGAAUUUAUUGUGCCGCUGCCGCAGCAGCAGGAGCUGCAGUGGUGGGGGCCUUCGCCUGAAGGGGAUAAGCGGCUAUAUAAGAUUAGUUUUGCUGCUAGUGCAGCAGCAGCAGCAGCAGCGCCGGCAGCAGCAGCAGCAGCGCCGGCAACAGCAGCAGCAGCAGCAGGAGCGAGCGAGUCCAGCGCUCCGCCGCCCACGGUCAAACAGCGAAAGCAGCAGGAACAGCAGCAGAAGCAGCAGCAGCAGCAACAGCAGCAGCAGCAGCAGCAGCAGCAGGGCCGCAAGUUCCUUGACACUUAUGCUCUAGUGCUUGCGGAAGUCAGCAGCAAAUGUCGCUUCUCCCCCGAGGAAGAUUUGGAGAAGCAAAUUGGGUACUAUGGGGAAUUCAAUACUGCUCCCAGCUACGGGGAGGUUGAGGGCAUGCAGAUUGAAGACGCAGAAAGCGACCCGUCAGAUGAUGAGGAGCAAUUCCCCAUUGUUGCGAGAGACCCAACAAGGGACUUGCUGAAAACGGCCCCCGACUUCAUGGCCAACGAAAUGCUGGAAGCUGGGCAGCAGCGGGCGGUGGUUUUUAGGGUUGGGGCUGAGGGCCAAACCCUCAAGACAAAAAGGGACAUGCAAGUCCUCAGGUUCGACGAGUAUGGCAAACCAUCUGUCGUGGCGACGAUCGAUGGAUCCAAACUAAACUUGCAGGGCCAAGACCAGGGGCUGUCUUCGGCGCUGCUGCAGGACUGCGAAAGAAGGCUGGUGCUGCUGCCCGCCGAGGACUCCAAAGCUCCUCCGUUUCUCUUUAAUUUGGAAACAGAACAAGUCUUGCAAACCCUCAACGUAGACAUGAAGGUGAAGGGGAUUUUGCCGCUAAAGGCGGAUUCGAGACAAACCCUAGAGUCGAGGGUUUUGGCAUUUAAUGACAAGAGGUUCUGCUGUAUAGACACCAGAACUAAAGAAGCUGAAAUUCGCCACCAUUACACCUACUCCCAGAACCAGGGCUUUUCCUGCGGCGCGACGGACGAGGAGGGCCACUUGCUGCUGGGGAGCAGCAAAGGGGUUUUGAGACUCUAUGAUGGAAAGACAGAUAAUGAGGGGGUUUACAAAAGAGCUAAAACACAAAUUAGCGGUUUAGGAGACCCCAUACUCCACGUGGCAGUCACCCGCGACGGCAGCUGGAUUCUCGCGACCUGCGCGCGGUAUUUGCUGCUGUACCCCGUGCGUCCGGAGGGCAGAAGCAAAACAGGGUUUAGCUUUCCGCUGGGGGAGUUAAAACCUAAACCCUUGCUGCUGCAGCUGCUGCUGCAGGAUGUCAGCAAGUUUAACCUCCAGUGCUGCUGCUUCAGAGCAGCAGCUUUUGAUGCAGCAGAGCAGCACAUCGUCACCAGCACCAACAACCUCGUCAUCAUCUGGGACUUCGUGGCCGUGAAAAACGGCAAAACUGAUGCCUAUCAAAUCCGGCGAAUUAGCGACUACAUAAAGGACUUGGCGUUCUUGAAGGCCGGCGAGAGGGAGGCGGUUCUCAUGGUAACGCCGUCGUCGAUUACAACUCGCGGAGUGCGCAGGACAUACCAAGACUGCAAGAGUGAGUCGGAGCCAUAA